CUCAGGGGGUGCUGCAGAAUGGGGGACAGGCCCCCAACCCUGCACCUGCUGGGUGACCUUGGACAUGCUCUCGGGUCUCUCCUGCUAGUUUCUGGGCUCCAGGACGCUCGCUCCUCUGGCACCGAUUCUCAACAGCUGGGCUGUGGGUAUGUGGCCACUGAGCCACCUCCUCGGGUCUUUCCGUGGGGGUCCCGGGCUCUCUGUCCUCUCUCCCUGCAGGUGGCUGCUGGGCUCUGAAGUGCGUGGCCACCUGCCAGCCGGGGUGAGGAGCUGGGGACAGGGCUGGGGCAGGGGAAGUUGAUCAGAAGUCCACUGCUGGGUCCCCUCCAUCCAGAGGCCCUCGAAGGGGGCUGCCCAGGUCUGCCCCCAAACCCAGACCACAGCUUCACCUCGCCAAACCGUGGAGCAUGCUCAGAGCCGACCGCAGAGCCCCGGCUUCUGUCCUUGGGAGCCUCUGGCUUGGCCAGGACCAGGGGGAGGGAGGGGACACCCACUGUCAUCUUUCUGCUCCGUUUGCUCCAGGAACAGAUCAGCUGGGAGGUGGACAGCCUAGCCACUUACAGUGACAACCGCCUGGCAGGAAGAUGAGAGGGGUUUCCCGGGACUGGCAGGGGGCAGCCCACUCUGGUCAGCUGUGGAAGGUCCCUGACACUAGACCUCUGGUCUAGGAGGGUCCUGUCCUCGGGGCACAGGUGGGAUGGGGUUUCCUGCUCCACACGGGACUGGGUCCAGAGAUUCUGUGACAGCUCUGGUCCCCAAGUUGGGUCCCCUAAACCUACUGCCCCGACCAGGAUCCCCCACCCUGCCCAGGACUAAGAACGGGUCCCUUCCCCACGUGGCAGCAAGAGAGGGGCUGCCUGAGGUCACAGGAGAGGUCAGGGGCAGGGCCAGUUUCAGAUCCGGCCCCUUUGGCUCAAGUCCCUGGACCAGGCUAAGCUUCUCCCCGCUGCUGGGCGCGUCCUUCGGGCCCCCAGCGAAUUCCUGGGAUGCUUCCACCUCCAACCCAGCCUCGGGCUCCGGACCCGGGAGCAAUGGCCCGACUUCUCCGCGAGGAGGCAGGAGCGCGGGGUGGGGGAGGGGGAGGGAGCGAGCGCGGCGACCCUGGGGCUGGGACCGCGGUCCCCCGGCCCCUCGGGGAAGCGGCCAGCGGCAUGGACGCCACGGUGGGGUACCCGCCGCCCCGCGUCCUCCACCAUCGCUCCCACAGCGACAGCGAGGUUUCGGGACGAGCGGUCCGCAGAGCCGCGGAGCCCGGCCCUGCUGCGUCCUCCGGCCCGGAGCGCGACACCCGCAGAGCCCCAGCGCAAAGGGAUCGGCCUCGGCGCGCCCUCCGCCCGCGGGGUCGCCCGCAGCCCCGGGCCCACCGGGCCGCAACCGAGGUGCUGUCACCGCCACUGCGGCCUCGGAACCUCCUCCCGAGCCGCGAUCCCCGCACCCGCUGCCUGGGCUCCCGAGAGCCGCCUGCGCGCCCGCCGAGCUGCGGCCCCCGGGGCAGGGCAGCCCCCAGACCUCCCGGGGGGCUCCCCACGUCGCAGUCCCCGGCGACCCCCACCCGGGGCCCGGGCACCGCACCGGCCGCGGCCGCGCGUCCCCCGCCUGCCCGCCUCCUACCUCACGGGUCCGCCUGCAGCCGCCGAGCGCGCGCAGUACCCGUCCCCGUCCCCGUCCCCGCGGCGGGCGCGGCCCCAGCGCGUCGGCCGGCCAGGCGCGGGGGGUGGGGGGCCGGGUGCGCCCAGGAGCCCGCGCCGGACCCCAGCGCCCGGCCCCGGCGGCCUCCCCGCGCCCGGCUGUCCUGCGGCCCGCGCAGCGCGCGCUGUGACCUUGGCGGGUGGCAGGUCCGCGCCUGGCCUCAGUUUCCCCCUUCGGAAGGUGUGUGUGCGCGCGCGUGUGUUGGGGAGGCGGGGAGGACGGGUGCCGCCCCAGCCGCCGACGUCACCCGAGCCUGGGCAGGCUGAGGGCGCACGGGUCGGUGGGGCCGCUGCAGCGAAUGAGCCUGGGAAGCGGGGUCCGCAGAGUCCAGGAGCGGAGCACGCGACCCGGGGUGCCCCAGCACUGCCGCCACGCUCCCCAAGAUCUCCAAAUAAACACCCGGCAAACGCAGCCUCACGCUAAGUCCCUCGGCCCCUCCCAAGGAGAACUGCACCAAUGCCACUGUGCCCCCGCUUCGGCGGCCCUCUCCAGUUCACUGAUGAGAAGACUGAGGCUCAGAGAGGGCAAGCCACUGACCCAGAGUCGCACAGCGCGCCAAACCCGCUCGCGUCCACCCCGGCACCACGCCCCUCCGCCUCUGCUGCAGGACACGCGCUCCUGGGUUUGGGGUGGGAUGCACCCAUCAUCCCGCAGCAGACUUGACUCAGCGAUAACGGAACGCUGGGCAUGGCCCUCAGUGGCCGGGCAGCUGUCACAGAGAAUGGGCACAGUCAGAGAGGGUCCCUACGGAUGAGAAAGAAGUCGCCUAGACGAGAGAGGCUGGGCCUGGAAGGGGCAGGAAAGGGCCAGGGGCGCCCGGAGGGGAGUCCCUAAGGAAAAACCAGGGUGGGAUUGUGCGGUGCCCGGCGGGUCCAGAUCGCCUAGAACACGAGACCAAAAAGCAGCAGCGUGUCCCUCAGCAGCGGGGAGCCCGCGACCAGGUUGGAGCAAGGGCGUCAGCGGCGCAGGCUGUGCUUAGGCAGCGCCCCCUGGUGCCCAGAAGCGGCGAGACAGGAGGCCAGAGGGAUGCGGCGGCCGUGGUCCAGGCUGGCCAGUGAUGUCAUGAGGAGACAGACCCGGGGCUGGCUACGCUGCGCUGUGUGACCUUGGGCAAGGCGCUUCCCUUCUCUGGGCUUUUGGGAGACAGGGAGGAGGCCAGGUGGGAGUGGGCAGUGGAUCCGUGAGGGGACAGAUAGGAGUGAGAGGUGGGCACUUUGUCCAGCACUUUCGAAGGAUUAUGUCAUUUACUUGCGAUAGAAACUAUCCUUCCAGGUUUACGGACAAGGACACGUUGAGGAGAGAAAGUCCUGCCUGCAUUCCCAGGGCUGCCACGCUGGGAUUUCAAUGCAGCCCUGUGAGGCUGCAGAGUCCAAGUGCAGUGCCUGAUGGUCCUCCUUCCAACCAGGCGGCAUUUAUUGAGCACCUCAGGUUUUCCUAGACUAUACAAGACAGGGUCUCACUGAGUUGCUUAGUGCCUUUCUAAGUGGCUGAGGCUGGCCUCCAACUUGGGAUCCUCCUGCCUCAGCCUCCCGAGCUGCUGGGAUGACAGGUGCAUGCAAGUUUGCCUGAAUAAUUUAAAGAUUCUUUUUCGUUUUGUUUUGCUUUUAGUAGUAGUGGGACUUGAACCGAGGGCCUCACGCAUGCGAGGCAAGUGCUCUUCCACUGAGCUACAUCCCCGGCCCUUUUUAUUUUUUGUCUUGAGACAGGGUCUCACUAAGCUGGCCUUGAACUUGCAAUUCUCCUGUCUCAGGCUCCUAAGCUGCUGGGAUUCCAGGUCUGUGCUAGAACAGUUAGCUUUAAAAAUAUUUUUAAACACAGCACUUAAGGGAAGAUAAAAUGCUUAUGGUUCUCAUGACUAAAAAUGAUCUCCUGGAGAAGCCAUAUUUUAAAAUUUUUUUUCCCCCUGGAGAAUGAACCCACAGAUGCUCAGUCAAUGAGCCACCUCCCCAGCCCUUUUUCUAUUUUAUUUAGAGACAGGGUCUCACUGAGUUGCUUAAGACCUCACUAAGUGGCUGAGGCUGGCCUCCAACUUUCCAUCCUCCUGCCUCAGCCUCCCAAGCUGCUGAGAUGACAGGCAUGUACCACUGCACACGGCACCGGAUCUUUUUGUUAUCGGUGGUUGGAAAGCAGCAUCGACUGUGAUAAUGUGUGGAAGAUUGGGGAAAUCUGCUGAAUAAAUAUUGUCAUUCCCAGAAGCCAAGACAGCAAACGUUAAUACAUUUAACUCUAUAAAAAUUAAAACUAUGUUAAUGGAACAAAAAUACCGUAAACAAGGCUAAAAAAUGGUACACCGGAAAAAAGAAAAAAAGAAAGAGAAAAAACACCAGCAGCCCCUAUGACAGAAGUUAACUGAGGAAAAUGAGACAGAAGUUAAUUUCCCUAAUACAUAAAGAGCUCUUUCAAAUCGAUAGCAGAAAGAUGAGUAGCCCAUUAGAAAGCACAGCACAGGAUCGGGACGCGCGGCUCCUGAAGGUCUUCAAUCUUGCUUGUAAUUAAAUGCACA